ACCAGUGCAAACCUGCAUUCUUGUUCCUCUCGAAUGUGACCUUGGAGGCAAAGCCGAACUGAAUCCUAUCUUGUAAAUGGAGGCGUUAUCUUCAUUUCUGUCCUUCACCGUCUCUAUAAAAGCGUCCCGCGGCCUUCUGCUCUUCGCCAUCUCAGCGGGAGCCAACAUGCUGCCGGCCGUCCUGAAGCUCUGCUGUGGAAUCACAUACCCACAUCUCCGGAGCAUGGCAGGUCUGCAGCGAGCAGCUCUGGUGGCGUUCGGCCAGGAGAUCGCACACUGGCAGAGCAGAGGACAAAUCACCCUUCCAGCAUGGAGCUGUUUGAGAUGGACUGAAGAGGCAGAGUCGGAGCAGAGGACAUCUGUGUUGGCCGAUGAGGACGUGUUUUAUCUGAGACAAGGAGAAAAAGCAUUGAAUGAAGCUCUGAAGAUCGUCGAGUCUAAGGACGGAUGGACACUGGAGACAGCUGAGAAUGGAGAUGUAAUCUAUAGUAAAGUUCUCACGGGCAGCAGGAGGGUUUUCCGAUUAGAGGCUGAACUGGACGCGUCUCCAGAGGAACUUCAAGACAUCUUGUUCUUCAGAGUGGAGGAGAUGCACGAAUGGAACCCCAGCAUCAGACGCAUCAAAGUGCUGAAACACGUGGGCAGGGACACCAUGGUUACACACGAGGUUUCGGCGGAAACGGCGGGAAACCUGAUUGGCCAGCGGGACUUUCUGAGCGUCAGACAUUCGUCCAAAAGCGGGUCACGUGUUUACUUGGGCGGAGCCGCGACGCGUUUGGAGUCCCUGCCGCCUCAGCCCGAGUUUGUCAGGGCUGAAGACGGACCCACCUGCAUCAUCCUGCAGCCGCUUCAGGACCGUUCCGACCGCAGUCGCUUCAUCUGGCUGCUGAACAUGGACGUCAAGGGUUGGCUGCCGCAGUCACUAGUGAACAAGGCUCUUCCUCGAGCACAAGCGGACUUCACUAAACACCUGCGGCGCCGGCUGGCCGCGCAAAAACCAGAAAACAACAGAUGUUAAAAGUCAGACAUCAACGUUGACAGAUGAUAUAGGAACACACAGGCAACAUACACCUCAGAUCAACAGUAUGAAACUCAAGAUAUCAAUGAAAUUGAUUUCACCAUAUAAAAAGACAAUAAAAGCAU